AGUCCCAAGAGAAGCAAAGCAAAUAGUGAACUCCAUUUCCUCUGUUAUUUCCCCUGCUCUUGCAAGUUGUCUACACUCAUCUUCUCUUGGUCUAUUGCACGUUGAAGUCGAGACUGAUAGGCAUCAUCAGAUUGAAUGGCGUCGUGGCCGGUGGGACUCAGGUUCGAACCGACCGAGGACGAACUCAUCGAUCAUCACCUCAGAGGGAAGCUCAAGGGAAAACUGGAAGCAUACUGCCUCAUUCCAGAGCUAUACAUCUACAGCUGCGAGCCUCCUGAUUUGUUCAUUUCAUACAAUGAAUUAUCGGACAUACCGUCGGACGGACGGGAGUGCUUCUUCUUCUGUCCUUGCGGGGACAAGAUUCCGAGUAAUCAUCGUUCUAAUAACAGGAUGACGGAAUUGGGAUAUUGGAAGGAUACCUGUAAGAAGCGCGUUAUUCGAUCCCUGGUCACUGGCAAGCAAAUAGGGAUCAGGAAGAUUUUGGUUUACUAUGAGGGUCGACAACCGAAAGGCUGCAAGACCGAUGUGGUCAUGCAUGAAUAUCUCCUAAAUUCAAGUGUUUCUGACAGUAAAAUCUCUGGCCCGAUGGCCUUUGUUCUCUGUCACAUAAUCGACAGGAAACGUAAGAAAGUGAGGUCAACAAAAGCGAGUACUUUGGCCAAUUCAAGCACCGGUAGUAUUCCUAAUGACUCCGGAAAUGGACAAGCGCACGAAAUUAGUGCACAGGCAUCUGAGGAAGAAACUAUCGAAACCCAGAAUCAGAUUGAGAUAUCAAUUUGCAGGAUGCCAGAUGGUGACGUGCCUAUUAUCCCUCAGCAGGCCCAGAUGGACGAAGAGCAAACCCUGCUUUAUAAUGGUUGUCCAUUUAUAGAUGAAUAUAGUGACGAAUUGCAUGAUACACCAUAUUCUCCAAGCAACGGUAUGGAGAUCUUGGAUAUGUGGAAUGUCCCUACGAAUGGACCAGAAUGCCAAAGUAUCUUUCAUGGAGAAGCAUUUGAUGGCCUAGCCUGACCUAGUUACCAUAUUGUUGACAUAGGAGGGAUGGGAGAUGGGUGUGCUGUUAAAACUGUGAUUGGGAGAACAGAGAUUGUGAGUGUGUAUGCUGGAAACUAUGUAGUGCUGCUUAUGACAAUCAGGUUGUAAAAGUAUGGAUUCUUGAAUAUAUGUUUUGUGUCGGUUCCAGCUUGAGUGAAUUGAAAUUAUUUUGUUCCGGUUGCAAA